GGACGUACGCAGUUUGGCUUAUUUUUCGUCGUCGUGCUAUAUGUUUAUAUGACAUAUAUAUACAUAUAUAUAUAUAUAUAUACAUGUGGUGAUAUAAAUAUAAAAUAGCUAGCAGAAAAUCCUCGGAGUUGUCGUCGGAGGAUCAUCCGAAGAUACAGUUACAAAAUGAACAAGUUGAAAUUUUCCCAGCGAGACAAGGUGAAAAAGUUUAUUACUUUCACACAAACUGGCGAACAAACUGCUAUAUAUUGCCUGGCUCAGAAUGAUUGGAAGCUCGACUUGGCCAGUGACAAUUACUUCCAAAAUCCAGAGGCUUACUACAAGGAGCCAAAAAACGUGGCAGACAAAAAGAAGCUUGAAAGCCUCUAUACUCGAUAUCAAGAUCCAGGUGAAACAGACAAAAUAUCAGCAGACGGUGUUAUAAAGUUCUUGGAUGACUUGUGUCUCCAUCCAGAAAACAAACUGGUUUUAAUUAUAGCUUGGAAAUUCAAGGCUGAGACACAAUGUGAAUUUACAAAAGAAGAGUUCAUUAAUGGCAUGACAGAUCUAGGUGUUGAUAGUAUAGAAAAAUUGAAAGCCAGACUGAGUAGCUUAGAAAAUGAGCUAAGAGAUGCUUUGAAAUUUAAAGACUUGUAUCAGUUCACGUUCAGUUAUGCAAAAAAUUCAGGACAAAAAGGACUUGAUUUAGAUACAGCAAUUGCUUAUUGGCAUAUUGUGUUAAAAGAUAGAUUUCAGUUCUUAGAUUUAUGGUGCGCAUUCUUACAGGAACAUCACAAAAGGUCCAUUCCAAAAGACACAUGGAAUUUACUAUUAGAUUUUGCUCUUAUGAUAAAUCCAACGAUGAGUAAUUAUGAUGAAGAGGGUGCCUGGCCAGUACUGAUUGACGAUUUUGUAGAGUGGGCACAGCCACAAGUACAGCAUCAGUCACUUUAACAUCGCAGUUGGUUUCAUGCCAGUCAAAUUUUAACUUGAGGGACAACAAAUUAUUAUUUGUACCUAGUUUCCAGCUGAGCCAGAAGCCACCAAGAUUAAGUGGAAUUCGUAAGACAAAAUAUUUUUCCUCCCAAAAACCUGUGUUGCCUAGACACCAAAUUAUUUUUUCACACGAAAUCGUUUUCAAUCGAUAAUUGAAUAACUACCAAAAAACGCCAUGUAACAAAAGAAAAAAGAAUUGUGGCUUGUUUGACUGCCACAAGAGUUUGCUAUUUUUUUUUAAUGAAUGAAUUGAGAUUACCUUCAACGUUCUUUUUCUCUGCCUCUUCUAUGCCGAUGUACACUAAACUAUCGAAGCAUUUUAUUAAAUUCGAUAAAUAAAAAAUAAUGGACAGUUAAUGCCUUGUAUAAACUUAGCACAAUUAAAAUUUCGACUAAUAUUGGGCACUAUCUAAUUUUAUUUACUCAAGCAACCACAAGUUGUGCUACAAAAGGUUAAGAAUUGUUCUGCUCUUUGUUGAAAUUUACAAGUUGUGUUACUUUUUGUACAAGGUGUCGAUAAACAUUGCUUAAAUUGCAAGUCCUUAGUGUCAAAUUAAAUUGCAACCGUCUGAAACUAAUUUAGUUUGAGUUAUAAGGACAAAAGUUAUAGCGUGAGUUUUUUAGAAUCAAAUAAUUCGUACGUUACUAUUUUGUCCAGAAAAUAAAAAAUAUGCAUUUUUCUUAGAAUUUAUUAACAGUUCCUUUGAAUGAACAAGUAUGGGUCGGACUUGUUACGGAUUGAUUUCAAUACACAACUUUUCACAACUUUACAUGCAUUUCUUACAAACGAAAAAUCUAAUUAAUAUUAGAACCAUCAUUUAUCAGAAAAUCAAUAAAUUUUAAAAGUCCAGAAAAAUUUUAAGUUGGAAUUUUUUGCAAUAACUUUAUUUUCUAAUAUUAAUUUGACUAGCAGCAAACAUGUGCAUAGGCUGUGAUAAAGCGAAAAAUUUUCAAGAAUUAUGUAUUCAACCGAAAUUUUUUUCCUUCAUAUUCUAUUCCUGAAUUAAAUUUGUAGUACAUCAGUUUCUAUGCUAUUUUGUAUGAUUGCAUGUAACUUAGAUUAAAGUCACGUUUUUUGAUGUGUGACGUUUCUAUAAUGAAUAGGAAAGUUACCCACUUUUUUGUGAAUAAACGAUCGACGACCAAACGAUUAAAAAUAAUGGAAAAAGAGCAUAUUAUGUAAUUGAAAAAUUGAACUUGAAAAGUCGGCGAGUCUUUGUGUACCGCGAUGCAAAUAAUAAUAGAUGUAAGAGGGCUAAAUUGAUUAGUGUUUAUAACUUUUUUUUUUUUUUUUUAGCUAUA